AUGCAGCGUGCCCGUCAUCCGGCUCCUCUGCCUGAGCCGCCGAAGUAUGAUAUCGGUGAACUCCACACUCCGCCCGCUCCGAUUGUUGAUGUGACUACGUCGGACGGGGGUAUCGUUGUGACGUGGGACAUGAAACUGCAGCCGAAUUUGAGGUACUCGCCCGCGGACAAAUAUCAGAUCUUCACUUACACGGAGGGUGAGCAACCGCCAUCGACCGAUCUCUGGAGGAAUAUCGGCACCAUAAAUGCUCUACCGCUGCCGAUGGCAGUGACUCUAUGCUCGUACAAACGCGGUUUUCGGUAUUACUUCGCGGUUCGAGGUCUCGACCGAGAAAACCGUUAUGGUGCUUUCAAUGAACCCAAAUCUGUUGAUCUCAGAGAGAUAACGGUCCUGUGA